ACGGCCACCAUUUUGAUUUUAUUUUAUUUUUUAAGUUUUAGUUUAAGUACAUCUGAUACUAUUGUAAACCACUAAGAAACCUUUUGUUAGAUUUUUUUUUUUAGGGUCAAACCUUAUUUUCACCUGACUAUUCUGUGCUUUCACAGUGUGUAAUGCAGGUCCUUCCAAUCCCCAGCUGAGCCCUUCAUCGUCUGAGCCACUGUCAGUUGCCUAUUCCAGCACAUGCCCCAUAUCAUCUAUAAGUCCCAUUUCUGCAUGGGUGAACAGUUUUGAGGUGCCAUGGAACAAAGUGAGGCUGACUCUUAGAAGAGCAGUAGAUGCUGGUGAGAGGCCAGCUCCAGGUGACCGCAGACACUUGAUAAAAGUCACUGUUGAUGCGAUGAGAGAGCGUUCCUUGAACCCUACUCGCAGAGAGUGUGUGGUAGUGGCUAAAGCUAUAACUCAAAAAUAUCCAAAUAGCUUUUUAGACAAAAAUGAAGAGGGGGAGCUAAUUGGAUGUGGGUAUUUCAGCGUUAUAAAUCAGCUCAAAACCAGAGUAGAAUAUUUGAAACGAGGCAACUCUCUUUCCCGUCUGAGGAAGCACAAACGCACCCAGAGAGAUGAUGAGGAUGGUGAUGAUGACCAGCCAGCAGUAGCUACAUGUGCAAGAAUCGACAGUUAUGGGUGUGUUCGUUGGCAGCCAGCGGACUAUCCAGAUGGGGAAACAUCAGCAUCAUUAGAGGAAAAGAAGCUUGAGAUGAUUGAUAUAUUCAGCCAAGAGGGACUAAAGGGCGCUGAGAGAGGAAGGGUAGAAGACCUAAUGGCAAUCACUUAUGCCAAACAGCGGGAAUACAUCAACGCAAAGCCUUCCCCAAGCAUUCUGGAUGUGGGUAAAGAGUGGCCAUUUCUCUUUUCACAGAAGUUUUUAUUGUCACACUUCACCACUCUCACCAAUGUUGAACUAUACACAAGACUGAAUGAAGAUAUGGACAAAAAGGGUAAAAGACAACUGGAUUUCUUCAGUAGUCAGAUUACAAAGUGGAGGAAAGAAGUAAGAGCUGUUCUGAAGGAAGCCAUAAAGAAGGACCGAGAAGGAUCUGAUGGCCUAGCAGCGAUGCUUGUGAUGUUGUCACACUUCAAAGAGCAAGAGGAGUCACUUUUUCUCAUUGCUGAUGUUGACGAACCUCCAGUUUUUCAAGUAAAUACAGGAGACUACCACUCCCGCAGACGCAGAGGCCCAGCUGUCUCUCCCAGUCACUCCAAGGAUCAUCAUGCUCGGUAAGUUUCACAUUCAAUGUUAACGAAUCCUUUGAAUGUAUAGGGCACAAGCAAAACAAAGUUUCUGGAAAACACUAGUGAAUGUGUGUUGUGUCAUUCUCUGCUUCUGCACCAGUCAGUAACAGCACAGUCACUCCAAAACUUAAGUUAUGUGGAGUAAUCUCUCAUCUUUAGUAGCCACCUAUAAUGUCGUGAUUGCUAUUUCAGAUUGCUUGCUAUG